UAGCCGACGCAGCCAAUAGGCGGCGCAGCCAAUCAGAACCGGUCCUCGUCAAGGAUACCGACUUUCCUAAUUUCUGUCACAUAUCUGGUAAAAAAUAGGUUAGAAAACCGGUUUUAGGAUGAGUAUUUGAGGAAUGCGAUUAUUUGAUAAACCGUAAAUCUACUGAUUGAAAAUAUGGUGAUAAAAAUGGCGAAUCCCAACUAUAUCAAGCUGUUCUCGGACAGUUUGAGUGUCAUCACCAUUGCGAUCUGUUUCAUUUUGAAAGUCCCUCAAAUCCUCAAAGUCCUCCAAGUGAAACACGCGAAAGGAAUCAGCGUUUUUGGACUGGUGAUGGAGCUGACCAGUUACACGAUAAUGAUGUCCUACAACUUCCGCAAUAGAUAUGCCAUUCUAUCCUACUUGGAAUACCCCAUCAUUCUGAUCCAAGAGCUGAUCCUGAUCUACCUUGUCCUGAAGUAUCAGGGACUCUUAAGCAGCAUCUACGUCUGGUUAGGUUCCGGUGCCUAUUUCGCCAUUCUGGCCGCGUUUCUGGUUGGGGUGGCGCCCUUGGGGCUGCUGGCUUUUCUAGUGCCACUGUGUACUCCUAUAGGGGCCAGCUCCAAAGUGGUCCAACUGGCUGAACUUUUGCGGACCAAAAACUCCCAGUCGGUCAGCAUUUUGACCUGGUUCAUUUCGGCGUUCACCAACUUCACAAGGAUCGUUACAAUAUUCCUGGACUCGGCGGACUUGACGUUGCUGUUCAAUUUUACCAUGAAUACUGUGCUCAGCUCACUAAUAAUGCUGGUGGCCAUUUUCUACAAGAACCCCAACCAACCUGCCACAGUGAAGAAAGCGCAAUGAAUCUGGAGCCUCUAGUGUGUCUGGGCCAUAAAUCCGGCAGAAGUUUGGUUGAAUUUUUGUUUUUUACAGUAGCGUCCAAUAAGGUACUAUCAUUAUAUCAUAAAUAUGGUUAUACAUACAAUUGUUGUCAAUUUUUUAAGUUAGUUUGUUUAAAGGAACGGCAUUAAACAGUUGAAUUUA